AUGGUACAAGAAAUGCGUUCAGAGAUAGAUAAGCUGGAGAGAGAAAACAGGGCACUGCGUGGGGAACUGAGCCAGCUUGGAAGCAGGUCUGUAACUACGCAGGAUGACAAAAUUAAUGAUGACAACUACAAUUGUCCUGUUAAAGAAGAGACAUUAUCCAAAGGAGUCCUCCGCCGAAAUUCUUCUGUUGGGUCAGCCCCGAUAUCACAACAGCAAAAAGGUGUUGCCAUGACUGUUCGCAGGUAUUCCAUGUCUUCAUCGCUCCUAUCCAGCUGUUUCCACUGGCAAAAUCAAAAUAUAAAAAGACAUUCCAGCAGCGGGACCUUGAAACUGAAUGGUUCUGUACAAGACAUAGAGACAGAUCCUGGGAACCAUGGUGUCACACCUGGGAGAACAUCUGAACAAGUUCUUAUAAAUAAAAUUCCCAAGACAAAAUCCUUCCAAGAAUGCAUGCACCACUGCAGGGGUAGAGUAAAAGCUGUUACAUUUCUACUGCCCGUGGAUAUGAGAGAAUACACUGAAAAUCAUAUGGCUUUCCAGAGUCCUCAAAAUCAAAGCGCAAAUCACUUGAGCACGAUAAUUGAAAAGGAUCCAUGA